AUGUAUCGCAACGCAUACCAAAAAGGUGGAUUUCUCACGGUGUUUUAUUCGAUUGGUCGGAGCCCGUUAAAGUUUUGGAAGUGCCAAACGCGAGAAGGACAUUGCAAGCGCGUCAUAGAUGAGGAUUUGAAUUCGACUGUGUUGGAAUUGUCGGGCACCAAUGUGUCAACGUGCAAAAUUACCACACCGAUUGAGCCGUACAAAUCGCUGGGCAUAAAAUUGCCGUUCCUAACGAUAAUUGUGAAAAAUAUGCAGAAAUACUGUACAUUCGAAAUUGAAGUUCGUGACCAUGAAAACCAAUUGCGUCGUUUUCAAGCAUCAAAUUUUCAGCCACACACGCGUACAAACAUGUUCAUUACUCAAAUGCCGUUGCGGUUGGACCCUGGCUGGAAUAAAAUUGAAAUCAAUUUGGCCGAUUUUACGCAUCGUGCCUAUGGUACACGUUACGUGGAAACGGUUUGCAUUCGCAUGAAUGCAAACAUUCGAUUGCGACGCAUUUAUUUCUCGGACCAAUUGUACGCAGAGGAGGAAAAACCAAGUGAAUAUCGACUUUUCGUACCCAACUAUUCACACAGUGGAAGUGGAAGUGACAGCAAUACACCAAACGCAUCGGAUUAA